ACACAGAGAUUCUCUUUCUUUUUUUUCCUCCACCAUUUGCGCUUCUACUUCAGAGUUCAAACCCUCCGUACACGCGCACACACGCGCGUCCAGGGGGGAAGUGGAUUUUUCGAAUUUAUUUAAUUUUUUUUCCUCGAAGAGUUUCCGCCAUGGACGCAGCUGCGCAGCUCGUCUACUGCGGAAUGUAUCCUCUGUACCGUACGUCGCCGUUUUCCUCGACCGCCGGAAACCGCCGAUUUUUUCCGAGAAUUAAGCGGAACGCGGUUGUGAAGGCCAUCGCCACCGAACCUAGGCCGUCGGAUACUAAGCCGACGAAGGAGGUUAACGGUUCCCCCAAAACGGCGUCGUCUUACAAAUCGGUCAACGGCACUCCCACUAGAAUUCAAGAUGUUUCGAAAGAGAUCAAAAGGGUUAGGGCACAAAUGGAAGAAAACGAGGAUUUGGCUAUCCUUAUGAGAGGUCUUCGUGGUCAGAAUUUGAAGGACUCUUUAUUUGCCGAGGAUAAUGUCCAGCUCCGUCUAGUUGAGAUGGAUGAGAGCAGCGAGUUUUUACCAAUGGUGUAUGAUCCCGAUACAAUUGCUUCUUAUUGGGGCAAAAGGCCACGCGCUGUAGCCACUCGUAUUGUUCAGUUAACUUCUGUAGCUGGUGGCUUUCUCUCUCGUCUCGUAUGGGAUUUAAUUAAUAAUAAAAUAAAAGAGAACGAGGUUCGUCGAGCUAUUGAAUUGAGGGAAAUAGUUACUUCUUUAGGUCCAGCGUACAUAAAACUCGGGCAAGCAUUGAGCAUCCGACCUGAUAUACUCUCUCCUUCUGCCAUGGUUGAACUUCAGAAGCUUUGUGAUAAGGUUCCGUCGUUUCCAGAUGAUGUGGCAAUGGCUCUUCUUGAAGAGGAGCUUGGACAACCGUGGUCUGAAGUCUAUUCUGAACUUUCUACUUCUCCUAUUGCCGCUGCAUCCCUCGGCCAGGUGUACAAGGGCCGGUUGAAAGAAAACGGGGAAUUGGUGGCUGUGAAAGUACAGAGGCCUUUCGUUCUCGAGACUGUGACUGUUGAUUUGUUUAUCAUAAGGAAUUUAGGUCUUGUUCUUCGUAAAUUUCCUCAGGUUUCUGUUGAUGUUGUUGGAUUGGUCGAUGAAUGGGCGGCUCGUUUUUUUGAGGAGCUUGAUUAUAUCAAUGAGGGGGAAAAUGGGACAUUAUUUGCUGAACAAAUGAAGAAGGACCUUCCCCAGGUAGUUGUACCGAAGACGUACCAAAAAUACACUGCGAGGAAAGUUCUUACAACGCAAUGGAUAGAUGGAGAGAAGCUGUCACAAAGUACCGAAAGUGAUGUUGGAGAACUCGUAAAUGUUGGAGUUAUAUGCUACCUUAAGCAGCUUCUCGAUACGGGUUUCUUCCACGCUGAUCCACAUCCAGGAAAUUUAAUACGAACUCCCGAUGGGAAACUCGCUAUUCUUGAUUUCGGUUUGGUGACAAAAUUGACGGAUGAUCAGAAAUACGGAAUGAUUGAAGCUAUAGCUCACCUAAUUCACCGAGACUAUGCUGCGAUUGUGAAAGAUUUUGUCAAACUUGGUUUUAUUCCGGAUGGGGUUAAUUUAGAUCCUAUUUUGCCUGUGUUGGCCAAGGUUUUCGAUCAGGCGCUUGAAGGCGGGGGUGCGAAAAAUAUCAAUUUUCAAGAAUUGGCGUCGGAUUUGGCACAAAUUACGUUCGAUUAUCCGUUUAGAAUACCUCCUUAUUUUGCGCUUAUAAUUAGAGCAAUCGGGGUGCUUGAGGGCAUAGCUUUGGUCGGCAACUCUGAUUUCGCUAUUGUGGAUGAAGCCUAUCCAUACAUUGCGCAGAGGCUGCUUACUGAUGAAUCGCCACGACUAAGGUCCGCAUUACGCUACACAAUAUACGGCAAAUCCGGAAUCUUUGAUGCCGAAAGAUUUAUAGAUGUGAUGCAAGCUUUCGAGAGUUUCAUAGACGCAGCAAAGAGCGGAGGUGGCGAAGAUCUUAAUGGAAGAAUGGCAGAGCUCGGAAUUCUACAAAAUCAAAAUAAUAAUAAUAAUAAUUUACUUCCCUCUUUCGGCGGAGGAAGUACCUCUCUAACACAGCCAAUUCAAACAAGAGCAGCCUUAGGGUUUAUACUGUCCGAUAAGGGAAACUUUUUCAGAGAGUUUCUUUUAGACGAGAUUGUGAAGGGAAUAGAUGCCGUCUCGAGGGAACAGUUGGUGCAGAUAUUGGCAUUUGUUGGAAUUAGAAACGUAACACCGGUUUUCGGCUUUGUUCCUACUUUGGGGCCAAUUAGGACAGCCGCACUUCUUCCGACAGUAACUGAGGAAGACAGAAUUAUAUUGAACAAUGUCCAGAAAAUUGUUGGAUUCUUAGCUGCUGGUAGUGCAGCUUCAUCAGACAAGGGGGGUGUAAAUGUACCUCAAGUGAUCCAAGAGCUACUCCCGGUAUUGCCUGGACUCUCGGCAAAGGUGCUCCCUGAGUUGCUCAGUCGGUUAUCCUCAAGAAUUAUGGCACGCAUAAUCCGAGAUACACUUUUGUAAACAGAGGAGCAUUGGCUAUUUGCUCACACAAAUCCAUUAUACACAUAUAUAUGUAUCGUAGAUAUAAACCGAAAAAAAAAAGUUACCAUUUGUUUUGUUCUAAUCAAUGGCUGUAAAUCUUUUAUACGAUAGUCGAUUUAAUAGCUAAGUGUAAAUUUACUGACGGAAAUAUAUUAUACAAGCUGACAUGGUUUUUUUCUUCUCAGCACUAUACAAGAUGUACCAACUAU